GCAAGCAGAGGCAACACAGAACAGGAGGAUCCCAUCGCCCUCCUGGAGCUCGGGAGAGGAGAUACUCCAGCUUUGAUCGCCUACUUCCACACUCCUGCUCAGAGAUCAUAACUCCCAUUUGCUAUUCUGAAGCAUCUGCUUAUCCUGUACCCCAAGGAUGGAACCACAACUAGGAGUGAAAAUUGGCUGCUUCUUUGCCCUGCUGAUUCUCACCCUGGUCUGUGGCCUUAUUCCCAUCUGCUUCAAGUGGUUCCAGAUUGAUGCCGCCACAGGUCGUCACCGCCGGGUCCUCAGCCUCCUGGGCUGCACCUCUGCUGGUGUUUUCCUGGGAGCAGGGCUCAUGCACAUGACUGCUGAAGCCCUGGAGGGAAUUGACUCAGAGAUCCAGAAGUUUAAGAUGCAGAACAGGACAGAAAGGGAGGGAAAUGCUUCUGAUGAUGCUGAUUCAGCUCAGAUGGAGUAUCCCUACGGAGAGCUCAUCAUCUCCCUGGGCUUCUUCUUUGUCUUCUUUCUGGAGUCGCUGGCACUGCAAUGCUGUCCUGGGGCUGCUGGAGGAACGACAGUGCAGGAGGAGUGGGGUGGGACUCAUGUCCUUGAACUCCACAGCCAUGGACCCCCACCCUCACCCUCAAAGGGCCCCCUUCGGGCCCUCGUCCUCUUGCUCUCGCUCUCCUUUCACUCAGUGUUUGAAGGGCUAGCCGUGGGGCUGCAGCCAACAGUAGCAACCACCAUUCAGCUCUGUCUUGCUGUCCUGGCUCACAAAGUGCUCGUAGUGUUUGGGGUUGGACUGCGGCUGGUGCAGAUAGGUACUAGGUCACGAUGGGCCAUGUUGUCCAUACUGUCAUUAGCUCUCAUGUCCCCCAUGGGCCUAGUCCUGGGGCUGGCUGUGACCCAAGGGGACUCUAAAGCAGGGCAGGGCUUAGCCCAGGCUGUGUUACAAGGUGUGGCAGCCGGCACCUUUCUGUAUGUCACCUUCCUGGAAAUUCUGCCCCGGGAGCUAGCUGGCCCUGAGGCCCCUCUGGCCAAAUGGGGCUGCGUAGCCGCUGGUUUUGCCUUCAUGGCCUUUAUUGCCUUGUGGGCCUGAGAGAUUCCAGAUUUUUCUGAUGGGCCUAUCUAGGAUGGCCUUCCUACCCUUGGGAGAUACUUCCCCAGUGGGUUUGGCCCUCCACUGAGACUAAGUGGCAUUCAUUAGGCAUCACCCUCAUGAACUGGACCACAGCUUUCUCCUACAUGAGAAUCCAUUUCUCCAGGACUGAGAAGAGGACGUUUAGGUUGAGUGCCUCUAAAUUGGAGAAUUGAUAUGAAGACCAUCACUCUAGAUUUAACUCUUGUACCAUUUUUGCUACUGUGUAUAAUAAAAUGUCCAUUUUACCCUUC